CAACACCACGAUGGGCUUGCUGCUCUCAAUUCCCUUGGCCGGUUCUAUAGGGACCAUUGCGACGUCAUGCCUCGCAGGAGUGGCCUUCUGCUUCACUUCAACUGCAGCUUCUAUGUUCUGCAAGUCAUGCAACUGUAAUUCCUCGAUUGCAACUAGGGUUGGAUUUGCGAUUAUCUUCAUACUGAAUUCACUUCUCGCAUGGCUCAUGAAGACACCAUUCGCCAUACGCAAGAUCGAGUCUUGGAGCUAUGACUACAUCAAGAUGGACUGCGAGGGCGGGAAAUGUUAUGGAGUUUUAGCAGUUCACCGAAUAUGCUUCGCACUGUCUCUCCUUCAUGCACUUUUGAGUCUGUCAUUGAUUGGUGUCAAGGACACUAAAGACAAGCGGGCGGCCAUUCAGAAUGGCUGGUGGGGUCCCAAAGUCCUUCUCUGGAUCAUCUUUAUUAUUAUCUCGUUCUUCAUACCUAACGGCUUCUUCAUUUUCUGGGGCGACUACGUCGCUCUCAUCGGCGCUACCAUAUUCAUCCUUCUCGGUCUGGUUCUCCUCGUCGACUUUGCCCACUCAUGGUCCGAGACCUGUCUCGAGAACUGGGAGAGCUCAAGCUCCAAUAUGUGGCAAUGGAUCCUCAUUGGCUCGACCGCCGCCAUGUAUGCCGCCACUAUUGCACUCACGAGCGUCAUGUACGCGUUCUUCGCCGGCUCGGGAUGCACGCUCAACCGCUUCUUCAUCUCGUUCAACCUCGCGCUGUGCAUCGUCAUCACGGUCAUGUGCAUACAUCCGACGAUCCAGGAAUACAACCCGCGCUCUGGGCUCGCGCAGUCGGGCAUGGUCGCCGCAUACUGCACGUACCUAGUCGUCUCGGCGGUCAGCAACCACACGCACGAGACGUGCAACCCGCUGGGCCGUAACGCCGGCGCGUCUGGCACAACCCGCACGACCACGGUCGUGCUCGGUGCGAUCUUCACAUUCCUUGCCAUCGCGUACUCGACGAGCCGCGCGGCGACGCAAAGCACAGCACUUGUUGGGAAGAACAAAAAGGGCCCGGUGCAGCUGCCGAUUGAUGAUUCGCCGCACUCUGAGAUGGAUGUCGUCAGGACCCAGCCUGGUCGGACCGAGACUCCUCGGUACCAAGCGUUGUUGGCCGCCGUCGAAGCAGGUGCUAUCCCUGCCUCCGCCCUGGACGAGGAGGAAGAGGACGAAGAUGAUUACGGCGAAACCAGGGACGACGAACGCUCGGGAACCCGGUACAAUUACUCUUGGUUCCAUGUCAUCUUUGCUAUCGGCGCGAUGUACGUUGCCAUGCUUCUCACCGAUUGGAACGUCGUCUCCGCGGAAUCGAGCGCCGACAGCGAGGAGGUUGUGUACAUUGGCAAGUCCGAGACUGCGAUGUGGAUGAGAAUUGUGUCUAGUUGGGUUUGCAUGUUCUUGUACAUGUGGAGCCUGCUCGCUCCUGUUCUCAUGCCAGACAGGUUUGGGGAUUUCUGAGACUGUUGACUCCUUUGUGAUUACUAUGGACAUUUAUUAGUUGCAAAUUCAGUUUGUUUGUAUGUUCACGUAAGUGCAUGACUACGACCCGGCAACCAUUCCGGAUUGCCCGAGGUGGUGGUGUGCUGACUAGGCAUCGGGUGUACGACACCGUGGCGUAUAAUGAAUGACGCUGUUCGACCUGAGGCCUGCGAAAGGAUCAGAACAUCAAGCGAUUCUUGCG